GAGACGCGCGUGCGUGCGCGCGCCGCCGACACAAUUCGUGCGCUGCGUGCGGUGCAUGUAAGAAGCUUUCACGGGAAUCAGUCCGCAGGAAGCGAGCGUGUUUUCCGCUGUUAACGGGUUUAUAUCUGCGAUCUUCCAUCAUGCAUGUGGACUUUGAGAAGCUGCGGAUGAGCGGCGCGGGGAGAGCCAUCGCGGUUCUGACCAGCGGCGGGGACGCGCAGGGGAUGAAUGCGGCUGUUCGUGCUGUAACACGCAUGGGCAUUUUUGUGGGCGCCAAAGUGUACCUGAUUUAUGAGGGUUAUCAAGGACUGGUGGAUGGAGGCGACCAUAUCAAACUCGCCAACUGGCAGAGCGUCACCAACAUCAUUCAACUUGGCGGCACCAUCAUCGGCAGCGCCCGCUGUAAAGCCUUCACCACGCGAGAGGGCCGUCUGUCAGCGGCGUUCCACCUGGUCCAGCGCGGCAUCACCAACCUGUGUGUGUGUGGAGGAGACGGCAGCCUGACGGGGGCCAACAUCUUCCGCAGCGAGUGGAGCCACCUACUGGCAGAGCUGGUGCAGCAGGGCCGGAUCACGGACUCUCUGGCGCAGCAGUUCACUCAUCUGAACAUCGUGGGUUUGGUCGGAUCCAUUGAUAAUGAUUUCUGUGGAACUGACAUGACAAUCGGAGCCGAUUCUGCUCUGCAUCGAAUCAUGGAAGUUAUUGAUGCCAUCACAACCACGGCACAGAGUCAUCAGAGGACGUUUGUGCUGGAGGUGAUGGGACGCCACUGCGGGUAUCUGGCGGUGGUUUCCGCUCUGGCGUCUGGAGCCGACUGGCUCUUCAUCCCGGAGGCUCCGCCGGAGGACGGCUGGGAGGAUCACAUGUGCGCUCGACUGGGAGAGAGUCGCAGUAAAGGUUCCCGUCUGAACAUCGUGAUCAUCGCAGAAGGAGCCAUCGAUAAACAUGGGCAGCUGAUCUCGUCCAACUAUGUCAAAGAUCUGGUGGUUCAGCGGUUGGGUUACGACACACGGGUCACUGUGCUGGGUCACGUUCAGAGGGGAGGAACGCCGUCCGCCUUCGACAGAGUCCUGAGCAGUAAGAUGGGUGUGGAAGCCGUGGUGGCGCUGCUGGAAGCCACUCCGGAGACUCCGGCGUGUGUGAUCGGCCUGUCGGGGAAUCAGGCCAUGCGUCUGCCGCUCAUGGAGUGUGUGAACAUGACGAAAGAGGUUCAGAAAGCCAUGAAUGAAAAGAGAUUUGAAGAGGCUAUUCAGUUACGUGGAAAGAGCUUUGAGAACAACUGGAACACGUACAAGCUGUUAGCUCAUCAGAAACCGGCUCAGUCGAAGAGCAAUCACUCUAUGGCGAUUCUGAACGUCGGCGCUCCGGCCGCGGGGAUGAACGCAGCGGUGAGGUCAGCGGUCAGGGUGGGACUCGCUCAGGGUCACAGGGUUUACACCGUCCACGACGGCUUCGAGGGUCUGGCCAAAGGCGCGUUGACCGAGGUUCACUGGCAUGAUGUGGCGGGCUGGACGGGGCAGGGAGGGUCACUGCUGGGCACCAAACGAACUCUUCCCAACUCCUGCAUGGAGAGCAUCGUGGCGAAUAUUGGCAAAUUCGGCAUCCAGUCGCUGCUGGUGAUUGGUGGAUUUGAGGCGUAUGAAGGAGUUCUUCAGCUGGUUGAAGCUCGAGGUCACUAUGAUGAACUCUGUAUCGCCAUGUGUGUGAUUCCGGCUACGAUCAGUAACAAUGUUCCGGGCACAGACUUCAGUUUGGGAGCAGACACCGCAGUGAACGCCGCCAUGGAGAGCUGCGACAAAAUCAAGCAGUCAGCGUCUGGAACCAAACGCCGCGUCUUCAUCGUGGAGACGAUGGGCGGAUACUGUGGUUACCUAGCAACCACCACCGGCAUCGCCGUGGGCGCAGACGCCGUCUACAUCUUUGAGGAGCCGUUUAACAUCCAUGAGCUGGAGACGAACGUGGAGCAUCUGACGGACAAAAUGAAGAAUGAUAUCCAGAGAGGACUAGUGCUGAGGAAUGAGAAGUGUCACAAGCACUACACCACUGACUUCAUCCACAACCUGUACUCCGCCGAGGGCAAAGGCGUCUUCGACUGCAGGGUCAAUGUCCUGGGUCACCUGCAGCAGGGUGGCGUUCCCACUCCAUUUGACAGGAAUUUCGGCACUAAGCUGGGAGUGAAGUCCGUUCUGUGGCUCACGGAGAAGAUGAACGACACGUACAGACAGGGCCGUGUGUUUGCGAACGCUCCGGAUACGGCCUGUGUGAUCGGCAUGAAGAAGAAAGUCAUGUCAUUCAGUCCCGUCACCGAACUCAAGACACACACCGACUUCGAGCACAGGAUGCCGAAGGAGCAGUGGUGGCUGAACCUGCGGCCCAUGCUGAAGAUGUUGGCCAAGUAUCAGACCAGCUUUGACGAGUACGUGACAGGAGAAAUCGAGCAUGUGACGCGUCGCACCCUCAGCAUGGAGACUGGGUUUUAAACAGCAGCACACUCUCUCCAGAAGAGGGCGCUAGUGUUAACAAUCCUCCCUCAGCCCGAGACCAAACUAACCUCUGACACCUGUGUUUAUGAUCAACUGAACUAUCAGUGUUCAUCAGUUACAUUCAUCAGGAAGUGAAAUGUGGAAUAACUCAGAUAUUGACCAGAUUAAUGUAAUGUUGUAUUCGUGCUCGAGCCGUCUGUUGUGCCUUUGUCUUGUAUUAUUAGUUUUUAACAUCUGGCCUGCUGUAAAUGUGAAUCUUUAUAUUUCAGCUUGAGUUUGAGUCAAAGAGAUUUCAUGUUUUGUCAUAAAGGAAGUGCACUACAGUCUCAGUCAAAUGAUUUAUAUGUGAAAUGUGAAAGAUCUUGUUGAUUUUCUGAUGUGUUUGAAUCAGUGGUUUGUGGAAACAGUCUUUUUGUCAGGAUUUUCCUCUGAUUUUGUAUUUGUCAGGAUUUUCCUCUGAACUGACCUGUAGAAAUGCUGCCAUUUUGUACCCCUAAAUCAUGUUUACAGAUUAAUAUGUUAGAUUUGCAUGUCUGAAGUUUUAAAGAUGUGCUUCAGUAAAUAAACCUGACAGAAAUAAAUAUGGAUAUUUUCUGCUGAUUAACCCAAAA